UAAAGCAGAGGAGCACCCGCAGCCGGCACCUGAGAUCCUGUUGGCUCCGCUGUACUCCUACCUGCUGUGGCGAUAAGAGUCUUGUGGUAAUAGGUUUGCAUACUCUACCGACUGACCGGACUCAGUGACUGACGGACGCACGUGUCCAGCGCCAGUCAUGAAGAUCCAGUUUGCCCCCUUAAACAUUCCUCUAGAGAGGAGGCUGCAGACCGGGGCUGUGCUCCAGUGGAUCUUCUCCUUCAUCAUGCUGGCAAAGCUGUGGUUUGGAAUAUUUGUGAUCCUGGUUUAUAAAAACUACUGGUUUAUCUACAUCCCCUAUCUUACAUGGCUCUACUUUGACUGGAAGACCCCAGAAUUAGGAGGCAGAAGGUCUGACUGGGUCAGAAAUUGGACUAUUUGGAAGCACUUUAGGAAUUAUUUUCCAAUACAUCUCGUCAAAACAGUGGAUUUGGAUCCAAGUCACAACUAUAUAUUUGGAUUUCAUCCCCAUGGAGUGCUUGUUGCUGGGGCAUUUGGAAACUUUUGUACAGACCAUUCGGAUUUCAAGGAAUUGUUUCCAGGCUUUACCACCUACCUUCACACCUUUCACUUUUGGUUUGGAUGUCCUUUCUUCAGGGAGUACUUCAUGAGCUGUGGAGCAGUCCCUGUUACCAAAUCAAGCGUAUCUCAUGUGCUAAGCAAGGAGGAAGGUGGAAACAUUUCAGUCAUUGUGCUUGGGGGAGCAGAAGAGUCACUGUAUGCAUAUCCUGGAAAUUUUACACUGUGUAUAACCCAAAGAAAGGGGUUUAUUAAAAUGGCUUUGACACAUGGGGCUUAUUUGGUUCCUGUGUUUUCUUUUGGUGAGAAUGAUCUGUUUUACCAAGUCAACAAUCCUGAAGGCUCAUGGCUUAGAAGUGCCCAAAAGAAAAUGUUGCAAAUAUUGGGGUUUACUGUGCCAUUGUUUUAUGGCAGAGGAGUUUUUCAGUACAGUUUUGGCCUGAUGCCCUAUAGGAAACCUAUUCACACUGUUGUGGGACAACCUAUUCCUGUUCAGCAGACUCCUCACCCCACACAAGAACAGAUUGAUCAGUUGCAUCAGACUUACCUGGAGGAACUAAGAAACUUAUUUGAGAUGAACAAAAGCAAGUAUGGAAUCUCAGAACAGGAAACUCUUGUUUUUAAAUAAACAUAGCUAUAGAAGGUGUUAUGAAAGCCAGAGCUUUUUUGGCAUUGAAAGAAAUCUCUGAAUCCAUAAAAUUGGUAUCUGUCAAAGACUGUGUUGUACAUUUAAUGAAGGUUUAAGGGUUAAUAAGAGAACCUGGAUUUUUUUUCUUCUUUCAAAUACUGUAUCAAAUGAUCACACAUUGCCUUCAACCACAGUUACAUUAAUAUGUAAAAAUCCAAAUAGAGUAGACCACUGUUGGAAGCACCAAGGAGAAGAUGGCCUUUGUUAAAGGUCUUAAAGUUAAAAAUUAUCCAAAGGGGCAGCUAGAUGGCUAAAUGGUUAGAGAGAGCCAGGCCUGGAGAUAGGAAGCCCUGGGUUCAAAUACUUCUUAGCUGUGUGACCCUGGGCAAGACACUUAACUCCCAUUGCCUAGCUUCUGCUGCUCUUAUGCCUUAGAACUAAUACAUUGUAUUGAUUCUAAGACAGAAGAUAAAAGAUUUUUUAAUUAAAAAAAGAACAUUACUUAAAAUAUAUGUAGACAAUUUAAUUCUUUAGGGUACACUUUUUGUUGUUUAGUCAUUUAAUGUCUAACUCUUUGUGAUCCCAUUCUUGGCAAAGAUACUAGAGUAGUUUGCCUUUUUUUCUCCAACUCAUUUUACAGAUGAGGAAACUGAGGUAAACAGAGCAAAGUGGCUUACCUAGAGUUACACAGCUAGUAAGUAUUUGAAGACACAUCUGAGCUCACAAAGAUGAGUUACAUCAUCCUAGGUAACUUAUUUGUGGACUCAAGCUCUUUUGGGCAAUUGUUGAAUCUGUCAUAUGAAGACCAAAGCUGACAAUGGCAUUCCUCAACCUCCCCAGCCCCAUCUAUUUGGAUUUGUGCUUGGACAUAGAGAAAUAUGUUCACACAUCUUGGAUGCAAAGUUCUGCGAGGUUUUCACAGUGAUAUGUAUUGAUAUUGAAAAUGGUUCAAGUGAUUCUUGCAUUCCAGAGGACCUCCUGUGUGAAGAACAUCCUCUUCCAGAGGCUAGCAGCACAUUUUCCACAAUGGAUAUAGGAGUGAGCUACCCUGAGAUGUAGACUCAGAGAAUUUGAGAUUGGGAGGGCCUUCAGCAAUCAUUUAAUCCAGUCCAAACACAAAAGGAAUCCUCACCAUAUGGUACCUAACGAGUGACUCUUUGAGAACUUAAGAGUGUAAGGUAAGGUGGCAGAUUUUUGCAAAAGGAGAGAAGGAACAAUGAGAUGCAGAGGAAAAUGACCAAUCAAAUAAAGGAAUUUGUUCUCUUAUUUCAAAGUCCAGCAUCUCUAUCAUGUCAGUUAUGCCUUAGCUUUCUGACUAGUUCCUGGCACUGUCCUAGGUGCUGAGGAUAAAUACAAAAGUCAGCUAGUCCUGUGAGCAAGCAGUUUAUAUUCUACUUAUUUUUAUAUUUGUAUACAUUUAUAUGUAACAUAUGCAUACAUAUAUUCAAAAUAUACAUCAUAGCAAUGGGUGGGAGUGAGGGACCAUUAAUAACUGGGGGGAACCUUCAAAGGUUCCUUGAAGGAAGAGGACCUACUUGAUCCUUAAAAUGAACUAAAGAUUCCAAGAGGCAGAGGUGAGGACAAAGAGCAUUCCCAGUAUUCUGGACAACCUGAACAAGGGUGCAAGCAUAGGAAAUGAACUAUCUUGGAUGGAGAAUGACAACUAGUGUAAAUUGGAUGAAGUGGAUUAGCAAUAUGUAACCAGCCUAUGAAGGUAGGUUAGACCUAGCCUUUAAUGAACAUUCAGUAUGUAACUCUUAAACAAGGUUACAGGGAGACCUGUGCUUAAGGAAUAGCACUUUAGCCAUGUAUGAAGGAUGGAUUUAAGAGAGAAGAGACUGGAUGUCAGGAGAAUAAUUAGGGAGCCAUUCCUGAGCUGUAUCAAUUCAUUUAAGAUCACACGUCCUACCUCCUUCAUUAGAUCCAGAGAGCAUCAUUCUAUCGCUACAAAGUACAGUAUUUAAUAUUUAUGAUGACUUGCAAGGUCAUUAUUUAAAAACAAUUAGGGUAUAUACCCAUGAUUUCAUUUAGCAGAAAAUUCCCAAAGUGGAAUAUCUCUCUGAAUAUCUAUAUCUGAUAUAGAACAAUUUGUUCAUAACUGCAUAGUUUGCAAUAAAUGGUGGGGUUUGGGGGAGGACAAGAGGUAGGGUGGGCUGAGAAGUUAAGUGACCUGUUCAGAGUCACUGAGCCAAUAUGUGUCAGAGGCAAUGCCUGAACUCAGGUCUUUCUGAUUCUAAGACUGGCUCUCUAUCCCUUAUACCAUAGCAGUAUGGGACUCUUUCAGGACCCUAUGACAAGAAUGAAAAUGCUUUAAAUGCAUUGGUAGACAAGUCAAGUAGCUAUGGUGAUUCUUGCUCAAAAAAGGGUAUAUAUUAAAAUUGCUGAAUUUAAAAAGUUUAUGGUUUGAUCUUGGGAUCAAGUUGGCUAUCUUUCAUGGAGAAAGUCAACCCCAACAUCAUUCCCCCAAACCAUGCCAUCUGCAUUCCAGCCAUUAUCUUCAUCUUCUCAUCCACUCCCUCCCCUAGAACUUUUGGGGUCUUUUCCUUAUUCUGUACCUGGAACUUGGUCCACCAUUUCCAAACUGGGCCAUCCUUCUCCAAGUUUCAUUUCAUGUGCUAUUUUCUCACAAAUAGAAUAUAAAUUGCUUGAGGGAAGGGACCACUCUGCUUGUAUAUGUAUACUCAGUACUUAGCAUGGUGCUGUCACACAGUAAGCAUUUAAUAAAUGCCAUAUCUGCUCAAGCUAGGUGGCUCAGUGGAUAGAGCCAGACCUGGAGACAGGAGGUUCUGGGUUCUAAUGUGGUAUCAUACACUUCCUAGCUGUGUGACACUGAACAAGUCACUUGUCUAGCCCUUACUACUCUUCUGACUUGGAACUCAUGGAUUCUAAUAUAGAAAGUAAAGUUUAAGAAUAUAAACAAAUAAAUGCCAUAUCUCUCCAUUGAUUUAUUUUUUAAUCUUAUUAUUUAAUCUUAUAAAUAAAUCUAAAUUUAAUAAUUACCUAAUCUAUCUAAACCUCUGCCUCUAUGCAUCCCCUCAAUGCUCAUAGUCAUCAAAAAACAAACACACAAACAAAAAAACUGUUAAAUAGUGCCCAGCACUCUUUUUAAGAAAGCAUGGAGGGAUAACUAGGUAAAUAGAAGGCCAGGUCUGGGGACAAAUCUUGUCUCAGACAUAUCCUAGCUGUGUGGCCCUGGACAAGUCAUUUAACCUCAGUUGCCUUGUCCUUACCAUUCUUUUGCCUUGAAAAUGAUACUUUGUAUCAAUACUAAAAUAGAAACUGGAGGGGAGAGAGAAAGAGAAAGACUGACAGACAAGACAGAGAGAGAGAGAGAGAGAGAGAGAGAGAGAGAGAGAGAGAGAGAGAGAGAGAGAGAGAGAGAGAGAGAGCGAGAGCACAUGGUAGUAUAUAAUGCAUUUUUGGAAAAUGUCAUCAAAAAUUUUUAGCUGCUUAAAGGCAACAGGCAUCAGUAACCUGGAAAAUUUAUUUAUGUGGAUAUGAGUAUCUGACAUUGUCAAAUAAAUGAGGUGCUACUGUACUUUUGCCCUACUGGAUUAUCUCUAAUAGCAGUCAUUGCAAAGCAAAAAUGGAUCAGGCUUUAAUCCCUUUUGGCAAUAUCCAAAUAUAAUUUCCCUUUGUGACUCAGUUUAAUUUGAAUACAGAUAUCAAUUGAAUACUUUGAUUGUCUACAAUUCACUCCCAUCCUCAAGAAACUUGCAGAAGUGCUCUCUAUAGUUUCCACAGAGCAUUUUUUGUUCCCUCAUUCCUCACCCCACGAGAGCUCCAUUUAAAAUUUAUUUCCUUCUACUGAAAUUGGCUUCACUUUCUAGAUUUCCUAAAAAAAGGUCUGUUUUGUUUAAAUUAAAAUUUAUGUUUUUGAAUAAAUAAAUUGAUAUUCUCUCUCUUCUAUCCCCAGCCCCUAUACUAUGAGGAGGAUACUUGUCAUAAAUAUGCAUACUCAAGCAAAUCAAAUUCUUUGCAAAAAAUGUUUCAGUCUGCAAAGAAUCUGUAUUUUUAAAAGAUCUAUUUCUAUACUUGAUCUUAGCCAAAAGGCUGAGAAGCGAUAAAAGUGAUAAAACUUCUAAAUUUCUUAGAAAAAUUUAGAUUUUUAAACAUUCUUAUCCUAUUUCCUUCAUUCACUCUUCUGGGACACACCAUAAGUGUAAUAACUAGAUAACCAGACCACUGGUGUUUAGCUGCUUACAUUUUCUAGAAUCCCAAAUAAUCCAAUAUAUGGUAUUCAUUGUAAAGUUAACAUGACUAAUCAUUGGAAUCAACCUUUUUGACAUCAGUUUUAUUCUUCUGUUGCCAUGUAACACAUGAUUUACAAUUUUAUUUUUAUACCUCAGUGUUCGCCACAGUAUAAAUAUAAUAUAUAAAUUGCAUUGACAUAGCUCUUCUGGGAUUAGGGGAUAGAUGGGCUCUGUUAUAUGCUCUUAUUUAAAAUACACAAAAGGACUUUUUUACUCUAGAUUGGAGAGACAUUUCCACAAAUACCUAAUAUUUGUAUAAGACUGAAGAGUUUUCAAAGUACUUUCCCAUAUAUUAUUUUAUAUAAUUCUCCUCAACAAGCUUAUAACAGGUUAGAUAAUCAUAUAUUUAUUUUAUAAGUGAUAUAUAUGUGUGUGCGUGUCUUUGUGUAUACACCUGAAUCCAGUCUUCUUUCCAUUAUCUGCUUGUCCUACAUAAACUUCAUUUUUUCCCCACUAUCCAAGAGAUAUCCAGGACAGGAGAAGCUCUGAUAGUCAUGUAAGAAAGAUAUACACAAAAGAGAGAGGCAAUAAAUGACACUAAAGCAGAUUUCUUCUUUAUAUUCCAUGUUGAAUAAAUUUGCUUUUUUUAGAAUAUAGUACCAUUUUGAGAGAUAUUGAUUCACCCUUGCCCCCUUUGCAUGGGUCAUGAUAGAAUUCCUGAAUCUAGCAUCUAGGUUCAUUCUACAUAUCCUUUUAAUUACUCCAUUCAGAUAAAAGGAAGAACCCUAUGCAGAUAAUUUCCAUAGAAUGUAGCAUAAACAAGCCUGCUGUUGACCGUUGAUGUUCCCUUUUUUCUAUUCACCAAUUGAUCCCUUAAUUUGAGAUAUAGAAUGUGAUGCAGAAGGAAAAAACAACCAUGCUGAAUGUCCCAUAAUCUCUUAUGUUCAGCCUGGACUCAACUUAACCUAGAACUGGCUCUGUUAUAGGACAUGUCCUGGGGACAAGUCCAUUUAAUAUAGAAUAGGAUUAGAAGCUACUUGUACUCAAUGAGGUCAAUGUGAAAUUCAUCUCCACCUAUUGCUGGCUAGACCAAAACCUCUAGCUUCUCUGUAGCCCAUUUCCCUGGCUGUAACCAGAAUAGACAGGAUAUAGGAGCCUUUUUGCCUGUUCAUGCCUUUUUAUUUCUUUAGGUUUCCAUUUUUGAAUACUCCCUUUACGUUCAUCCAUAAUGGUCAUAUAACCAGGGAAGAAAAACUGUAUUUAUUUGAUAUCUUUUCCCUUUCCCAUCUUUGCUUAAUUUCCUUUCUCCAGUAAGCAGAAUAUAAAGGGAUCAUUGUUUUGCCCACUCUGCAUGAAAAAAGACUUGGAAUUGAGGAAAAAAUAAAAUAUUAUUUAAAAGAAGAAAGAAGAGUUGCUAUUGACUUUUUUUCCCCAAGUUCACUGUGGUCUAGAUCAGUGUACUAAUUUUCAAGGAAAUCAUAGAAGAAAUAAUUUUCCCUAAGUAAAAGAGGUAGAAACAUACCAGAGGAGUAUCAUCCCAGAUUGUUUCACAGAGCACUGGAUAUGAAAUUGGAGGAGCUGUAUUCAAAUGCUACUUCCUCUCUUAACUGCCAUGGGGAAGUUAUUUUUCUCCUCUGGGUAUCACUUCUAAAAUAAGAGGAUGAAUCAGGUGAUAUAUACAAUUGCUUUCAUGGUCAUGAUCCAAUUUCCUUUCUCUAUGAUGUGGAAUGGUAUAUAUAUAUAUAUAUAUAUAUAUAUAUAUGUAUAUGUAUAUAUAUACAUAUUUGUCUUUGUUAAAAAUUAUUUUGGGGAGUGGGUAAUGACAAAAUAUUGUGUAUGCUAUAUGACUAUAUGUGGCAUUUUUGUUCUCUUUUCUAGUUCUCUGGCUCAGAUUGACAAGCUUUGAACAAUAAACAUGAUUUUAUG